CGAUGAGGAAGCAGAGGAUUAGUUAACGAUGACCGUGGAAAAUGUAGAAAGGAGCCUACAGGAUGUGGUGCGAACACUUGCCUUCUACGUUGGUAAUAUUUUUGUUAUUAUUUGGACAAAAUAACGGAUGCUAUUGUCCACAAAUUUGGCAACCUGUUUGUGCUUCCGAUGAGCAAAUUUAUUCCAACAUGUGCUAUUUUAUCUGCGCCCGGGCAAAGAUGCCGAAUUUAGUACCGCAGCCAAUGACCUUUUGUCAGCAGUUAUCGACUAGCAGCAAUCAGCAGCCGAUUGAAAACGAAGGUAACGGUAAUCCCAAUGCUCCCAACGAAGGCAAUGGUCAAAAUCCAUCAGCGAGUAAUCCGGCGUCCCAUUCGCCGCACGACGCCACUGCUGCCUAUGAUCCCAUGUAUGACUCGCAAAUGGGAAUGGGCUCCGCUGCCGGUUCGCAUUUCGGUUACGUUCCCGUUUGCCAGUGGAGCUGCUAUAAAGCGACCACCCAUACCAUGUUUAGAAUCUGUGACGACAUGAAUGGCGUUCACUACUCCGAUUGCGAUUACUAUAAAGCCGUUUGCCGGGCGGAAGUCCGUGGUUUAAUGCUUCGACGGGCUCCGUGUCAACGUUCCAGCGUCUUCGCUGGUCAUAACAGAAGGCACACUUGGCUAAAGUAAUUAAGGAUUAAGGUACUAGAUAAAGCAAUUUCCGCGAAGAAGCUUGCGAGAAUUCAUUUUGUCCUGGUGUACUUGGUCUGGGCAUUUGCAGAUUUCUGUUUAAAAUAGGACAACAGGUGUUUGUUACGAACCUGGUAUUAAUUCCACUAUAACAAUUAUCACUAGUUGGUCCGAAAAUGUUCCGUCUCUCGCAUG